AAACGCCACGUUCUUGCAAUUCCGAAGAAAAUCCAAAAAUCAGUUUCUUUCAUUUUGAUCUCUUCAUAUUUGUAAUUCAACUAGCCAGCCAGCCACCUACCAAAUUCUUGUCUCGUUAUAAACACAAUAUAAAUCACUCUGGAGAUCCCAUAAUCAUAGAAUCUUAAUCUUUUUAAAGAAUUUUGAUACAUAUAGAGAGGGAGGGAGGGAGAGAGAGAGAGAGAGAGAGAGAGAGAGAGAGAGAGAGAUGGGUGUUGAUCUUGAAUCUUUGUCAGAGGCAACAUCAGGCGCUAUUGGUUCAUUACUAAGCACAACAAUUUUGUACCCUCUUGAUACGUGUAAGACUAAGUAUCAAGCUGAGGCUCGUGAUCAUGGACAGCAAAAAUACAGGAACCUUACUGAUGUUUUAUGGGAAGCAAUAUCCACUCGACAAGUUCUUUCACUAUACCAGGGUCUAGGGACGAAAAAUCUGCAGUCUUUCAUUUCACAGUUUAUCUACUUCUAUGGGUAUAGCUACUUUAAAAGACUAUAUCUGGAGAAGAGUGGUUCCAAAAAGAUUGGAACGAAAGUUAACUUGUUUAUUGCUGCUGCUGCUGGGGCUUGCACUGCCGUUAUCACUCAGCCCCUGGAUACAGCCUCCUCGAGAAUGCAGACAAGUGCCUUUGGCAAGUCGAAAGGACUUUGGGAAACAUUGACAGAGGGCAGUUACAGUGAUGCGUUUGAUGGCCUUGGCAUCUCUCUUUUGCUGACCUCAAACCCCGCAAUUCAGUACACGGUAUUCGAUCAGCUCAAACUAAGACUAUUAAAGACAAACCAGAACAACACAGAAAAGACUGCGGUAACCCUUUCUGCCUUCACAGCUUUUGUUCUGGGUGCGCUCUCAAAGAGCAUAGCCACCAUUCUGACAUAUCCUGCAAUCAGGUGUAAGGUGGUGAUUCAAGCUGCCGACUCAGAUGACGAUGAAGCUAAGAGAGCUCAGCGAAAGUCUAGAAAGACAUUGUCUGCGGUCAUACAUGCUAUAUGGAAAAAAGAGGGAAUUUUGGGCUUUUUCAAAGGAUUGCAUGCCCAGAUUUUGAAGACUGUACUGAGCUCAGCAUUCCUUUUGAUGAUCAAGGAGAAAAUAGCCGCAACCACUUGGGUUCUUAUACUCGCAACUAGAAGGUAUCUAUUUCUCACAAGGGGUAAACUAAAAGGUGCCUGAUGGUGAUUCCUCGAUGGUAAUAUGCUUCAAAAUCUUUGUAGAUAGUGUUACUGCUUAUUUAAUUUCAAGAAAACUGAAGGAUUCAAUUUAUCAGAUAAGAAGCUUAAAUUGAGAUGAGUUUAAUCCCGGAUUUUUUCUCUCCAAAGAUACUUAUUAAUCUAUGUAAUUUAUGAUUUGUAUUGUUUGUAAUGCAAUUUAAAUUCUCCCCGUAA